UUUAUUGUGAAGAGAUCAGACCGGAAGUGUUGCUGGCGGACCAAAGAGAUUGUGGUGAGGUGGAAGACCCGACAGAAAUGGCAGAUUUGCAGUUGUUUUUAACAAAUGUCAACGUUUCCCUGACACAAACUGUUGAAAGCGAAAAGAGUGCAGGCGGGACGAUGGCAGACUUUGAGAGUGUGGAGAUGGGAGACUCAGCAGGGAGUCAGGGGAGAGCGAAGAUCCCCAGAAGGACCAUCUACUUUGCGAGUGGCGAGACCAUGGAGGAGUUCAGCACUGACGAAGAGGACGAGGAGGAAGAGGAGGAGAAACCUUUGAAGAAAGACGUCGUCACCGUGGAUCCAGCAAAAUUGACGUGGGGCCCAUAUUUCUGGUUCCAAAUGUGGAGAAUGACCACCUCCACCAUCUCAGUGUGUGACUACAUGGGAGAGAGACUGGCCUCUCUCUUUGGAAUCACUACACCAAAGUACCAGUAUGCUAUUGAUGAGUACUACCGAAUAAAGAAAGAGGAGGAAGAGGAAGAGGAGGAGAAUCGUAUGGCUGAAGAAGCGGAGCGUCAUUUUGCAGAACAGCAGAGAGGUGAGCUGGAUGCUGCUCAUCCUGCCACCGUGGAGCAGCCAGAGGCGUCCAGAGCGUCCUUCGUCAACAUUAGCUUUGAGCUGGAAUCUGACUCUCCUCUCAACACUCCAGACGCCAACAGAGUCCCAUCCCCGCUUCCCUCCUGAAAACUGUAACCUACUCAACCUCUUAACUUUCCUGCAUUGCUUUUCUGGCAAAACCUUAAUUAACUUGGCUUUAUAUCCUUAUUUUUCUAUGUUGUUUUAUACAAAGAUAUUAAUACACAUUGCAGGGAUGGAUUAAAAAAAAAAGGGCUGCGGAAGUGGCUGCACUGGCCUUAUCUGUGAAUGUAAAUGUGUGUACAACAGAGACCAGACGGUAUGUAGCCGUUCCUAGACCAGACCUGGACUGUGCUCACGUUAACACUUUAAAUAAAGUUACAUAAAUUAUGGUUUUUAGUCAUAGAAAUAUAAUUUCAUGCUUUUUUAUUUAGACUUAAUGUAGAAAUUAUUUUGUAGAGUGUCAUAGAACUGACGUUCAAGCCAAAAAAAUAGCUAGGUAAUGAUGAUAUCGGUUGCCAAAACUCAUUUUUACAUCCAACAGUUACUACUAUAUACUUUUGUCUGUAAUGAAGAAAUAUGAAGGAAUAGUCUGCAAAUGUACAUACAAUUUUAAAGAAUCACAAAAUUAGUUUAGUAAUUUAGAAAAUAUACCAGUUUCAAUGCCUUGAGUUUAAGUCAAUAUGAUUUCACCUCUGCCUUCCAUUAAAAAGUGUCUUCACCUUCCUGCUGUUUGAACUGGACACAUGUGAAAUCCGGAUUUUCUUGUUACUGUGAAUGGAAAAAAGUCCAGUACACACAGAGUAUGCUCUGGAUCACUGUGUCAUGACCAGAUUUACAAUCAUGUGAUUAUUUUGCCAAAGAAAGAGAAAAGAAUUAGGCCGCACAGCGAGUGUAGAUUCACCAACAGUAAUAAGUUCUGCCCAAGUCCUUGAAAAUCCACUGCUGCUCCUGUUCAUACUGUAGGUGAUUAUCCACUUUCACACAUACUGUAUGUCAAGCGUUGUUCUCUUAAGUCUCCUUGGCUGAGGUGUCACAAGCUUCUUAUGAAUUAUUUUUAUCCCCUGUGUGGUGUGGGGUUGGGCCAUAGAUCUCAUUAUGGCUUUGAGCAUUAGUGCCACACCGAUGCCCUGUUUCCUCGUCAAUAAUGUUACACAGCUCUGUUUCAAAGAGGGUUAUAUUAUUUAGAUGUAACCCCAUCCCCCCCAACUGAAAUGGUAACAUAUUUAAUCAUUUAUAUAUAUAUAACAAAAAUGUAUCUUAAUGUGUUGGUAGUAUGGAUAAAUGUCUUUUACUGCAGUAAAGGGUUGAUGUGUUGUUGUUUUUUGUUGAACCAAAGGCCAAUGUGUGCAGAGAUUGUUUUAACAGAUUAUUUUAUUUUGUGUGUUAAUAAAACCUUUAAACAUUCAAAA